CGUAACUCGCUUUAAAACUGGACUUACUAGAAUUAUGUGUAGAAGAAAGCAAUUAAGAGUGGAACACGGUUUGGAUGGUUAGCUUGCAGUGUUUACACCUACCAUGUGAGCCCAUGUGACUAAGGGGAGGGCAGGGUGUCCGAACACAGAGAAAAGAAGUUAGGCACAAGAAUGUGAGGAGAGAUGGAAACAGUGUGAGUAAGCACAGUGAAGUUGCAGAAGCUGUCCUGAAAUCGAGGUGAAAGUCACAGAAGAGUAGACAUACAGUGUGUGGAUCAGCGUCGCAAUGAAUGUGACAGAGGUCUACAAGGAAAUAGCUCACAUCUAUAAUGAGGGAAAUUUCACUGGCAAUGGAAGCAUUGGUGUCCUUAACAUCCCUCCCUCCCUAAACAAAGCCAUCAAUAUCCUCACCGUCGUCAUCCUCUUCAUCUCCAUGAUAUCCCUUGGCUGUACAAUGGAGAUUUCCAAAAUAAAGACGCAUCUCUUUAGGCCAAAAGGUGUAGCCAUUGCACUGCUGGCCCAGUUUGGCAUCAUGCCCCUGACUGCUUUCUCUCUAGCCAAAAUGCUACAGAUGGAUCCCAUCAAGGCCGUGACUGUCCUCAUCUGCGGCUGCUGUCCAGGGGGAAGCUUAUCAAACAUUUUCUCUCUGGCCAUGAAGGGUGACAUGAACCUCAGCAUCGUCAUGACCUCUUGCUCCUGCAUCGCCGCACUUGGUCUGAUGCCGUUGCUGCUCUAUAUCUACUGCCAAGGCUUUUCCGGUCUGGAAAAUGCUGUACCCUACUUUGGCAUCAUCUCUGCUCUCGCGUUGACCCUUGUGCCCUGUGGCAUUGGCAUUGCCAUCAAUCACUACAAACCGAACUACUCAUCACUCGUCAAAAAAGCUGGUCUCAGUAUCCUGAUAGUCUCCGGCAUCAUAGUGUUCAGCCUGUCUGGUUUUGUCAUCAAAGACGUAAUAUGGAUGGUCCUUAUGCCUGAUGUUCUGGCUGUUGCUGCACUGAUGCCACUGAUUGGGUUUAUGCUGGGAUAUGUCAUGUCUGUAAUGUGCAGACUCAGUCCAAAAUGCAGCAGGACAGUUUCUAUGGAAACAGGGUGUCAAAACAUCCAGCUGUGCGUUACCAUCCUAAAAGUGGCCUUUCCCCCUCAGGUCAUCGGACCCAUGUUUCUCUUCCCUCUGAUAUACUACACAUUCCAGUGUACCGAGGCUCUUCUCCUGACCCUGGGCUUCAGAUGUUACCAUGCAUUCAAAACACCAGCUGAGGACGUUGACGUUAAACAAGUGGAAGUGAAACAGCCAUGUCUGCUUCCCAGGUGAGAACCCCAGAGCUGAAUCCCACCCACUGAGGAUGCAGAGCGCCCUCACUGUCUCCAUGGCUACACAUUCUUCACCCUGGCCUGUGAUACGGACAGAAAGACUGUUGAAGCAUGUGCCGUGACUAAUACUUUAAUCAGUGUUUACGUAAUCAAUCGGAUGCAAUGGUAACUAGAGGUAGAGCCUAACGAAACAAGAAGUCAAUGAUUAAAUAUUACAUUUUGUAAUUAUAUUUUUGUUU